AUGGUGGACUCCGACCUUGCGUCUGGCAUAGACGACUCCUUCGAGGUGAUACUGGGUCGCACGUCCGGCCGACGAAACAAGCGAGAAGAUGGCCACCACUUCAAUGACCGUCGCUCUGGACACUGGACUGUAAGCGAUCGCAGCGCCCUCGGCUCUGACAUUGACGAUAGCAGCGAUAUCUUCAACUUCGCUGGCCGCCGACCGGAUGGACAUCACAGAGCCAGAACUGUCCCUACGCGCGAUCACCACAUAUCUGGCUCCGUUCUUGACCGCUUUGCCAAAGCCAAUGCCGCUGACCGGAAGAAGGAGAGGGAGAGGAAAGAGCUGGAGGCGUUGGCAGAGGAGUUCACUGACAUUGAUGAAGAUCAGGAUUUCGUUCGUGAGAAGAGGUCCGAGGCGAAGUUCUACGUUCCUAGAAUCGACGCACACCGCGGCAUACGUAUCAAGGGUCGGGAUGGCCGCAGCGAGAUUGUCCGCGAGCCCAGCUUACCACCCAUGUCUCCGCCAAAAAAGGUCACCGAGCCUCCAGUUCAGAAGAAGAUGAAGGUACCACGACCGGAGCCUGCGAGGGCACCAUCUCCGAAGACGUCUGUGAGAAGUGGCUCGGUCGCAUCGUCCCGCUCUGAUGCGUCAAAUGUGGUACGCAUUGUUGGCAAAGACGGUCGCGAGGCCUUCAUGCCUCUUCCCGCUGGGCUUGGAGGGUUCUCCACUACAGGCUCAGAGACCAGACAAGUGCAGCCGCCGCCACAGAUGCGCGAGAAGGACGCCGAGAAGGAGAGAGCGCGCCGUGACGCCAAAGCUGCAAAGGCAGCCAAGGAGAUCCGGCAGGAGAUGGAGCUUGAGGAGAUGAUGAAGUCAAGCGCGCACAGAAGAUCUAUAGUUAGUGGACGGUCCUCCCGCAGCUCGAAGAGUGGCUCUAAAAGCGGCUCAAGUAGGGCGCCGAGUGAGAGGCAUGAGGCCGUACAAAAGAUGACAACGGCGGCCAGCAGCCGGACCUCCGUGGCAGAAGCAGACUUUGCCAACGCCAACGACUAUCAGAAGCCAUCAUCGCCCGUUGCUCAGAAGAAGCACAAGAAGCAGAACCCGAAGGAUCCUGGCCCAGCAGAGCAGCCGCCAAAGCAGUCGCAAAAGCGGCAACCCAAGCAGCCAGCAGGAGACAAGCAGAGCGCAGCACCCAAGAACGCAAGUCCAGCCAAACAGUCGAGGCAUUUGAGGCCGCAAUCUCCAGCGGGGUGGGAAGAAGCGCCGAAGGAAGACAUCAACCCACCAUCGAGUGUAUCAUCAAAGCCACGAUCUGCUUCCCACCCUGACCAACGCCCCCAAUUUUCUCCUCAUCAGCGAGUGGAGCACACCGUACCACCACAACCCGCAUCGCCACAGCUUGCAUGGCAGCCCGGGAAGGUCAGGUCUGCCUCGCCACCAAGAUCCAGGCAGCCUAGCCGAGCAGCCAGUCCGACGCUUUCGCAAGUGCGCUGGGCAGUCCCAGGUGAGCGGGUUGAGCAAACCAUACCACCGCCCACGUUCCAGCCCCGCAACGAUUGGUCUCCUCCGCCAGCGAGAUCUAGGGCAGCCAGUCCAAAGCCAUCGCAGGUGCGCUGGGCAACUCCGCGUGGCUUUUCCGCUGGCCUAAGCGGUCGUGAAGGGUCGACAGGCUUUCAAGCUGUCGGGCAGGUGACUUACGAGCCGUUCCAGGCGUAUGUCGAAUCUCAACGAAGCUACUCGAGCCCGAACGCACAUGGAAACCCGCCCGCUGAGAGACAGCAAUCCUUGAGGCAGAAUUAUACAGAUGCGGAGACGGCUCACCAACCACCCGUGGAAUUGAAACAUCCUUCGCCGGUCCGGUCUGAACACUCUGUUGCGGAAGCACUCACAAGGGCAUACGAAAGGGAUCCAAGCAUACUCGAUCCAUCUAUCUACAACAACUCUUUCCGGGCCGCCAAGGUCGAGCGUGCUGCUUCGGUGGCCCAUGCCAAGGCAGAACAAACAGCACACUCUGCCUCAGUGGGCUACAGCAUUAGCGUGAAGCGCGAAAAAAGCUCCUCAGCUGGUGUAUUUGCUCCUCCGAGGUCAACGUCAGUGUAUCAAGACGAUUACGCAGACCCAGUCCAUUCGUCGAACCUGAUCCACCGGUCGCCACAUCCCAACGAUCGCCAGCCCCUCGGAAAUGAUGCCGGGAACUCAAGCAGCGGCACCUCUUCUGGCACCCCUCCCUCUGGAUCAGGCACGCCGUCUCCGCCGUUCAUGCACGGUGCUCUACAACCAAGUUCUGCUGCCUCUUUCCCGCGUCGCCCGGGGCCGUACAUGUCGUCUCCCUUAGCAAACGCGGCCUACGUACGCAAUGCAGGUGUAAGCUCUCAUGGCUCUUUCAAGCACAGCCCGGGUCAUGCAUCAUCACGAGUCAACAUGGACAUGCAGCGGAGCUACAUCGGGCCUGUUCGUGUUAGAUCUCUCCACAGGGCAGGCGGUCACGAUUCACAAGGCUCCAAUGAGAGGAGAACUGGGCCACAACCCCAUGAGUCUCCUGCGGGUUUUGGGCAGCCUCCGACAGGCUCGGCGAUCCAGAUUGAUGAUCAGCUCUGGGGUAGUGGAACGCCGGAAGGCUUCAUGCCCAUGGGAUCAGGCGUCGUGUCUCCCCGACAGAGUCCCACUCCUGCUCCUGAACAGCGACUAGGCUACGACGCAUCCCCGUCGUUCGCUCAGCGGCCGCCGUAUCCGGUGUCACCGAAUUUACAACCACUCUCGCCUCGCGUUCAUCCUGGCUACGGUUCGCCUGCACAUCAAACAGCACGUCAGUCGCCGCCCCGGAAAGGCCAAGAGCAAGACUAUACCGCCUCCCAGCUCCAACGAGUGCCAUCAAUCAACAUCAACCGAUCGCCGGCACACCAAGAACAGCCCCAGACAGUUUUCGCAGGCCGUGGCUGGAUCUCACCGCAUCCGCUCAGCGUGGCAUCUUCUGACUCUUGGGACCAGCCUGAGUCUACGAUCCGUGUUCCUGCAGGCCACCCGGCUCUGCGCGACAAAUACAACGGUGGUGGCGACCCUAUGAAUAUGACAUAUAGCGAGUAUCAAGCGUGGCAAAAGCGGAGCAGCGUAGCUAUAGAGCAUGUCGAGGACCGCGGUCCGCGUCAGCAGUACGGAGAGGAACAAUUUCAACAUGAGGGCACGCAAGACGUUGGAAGCGAGGGGCAUCCCCCACCAAGAAGAGUGGAGGAGCAGCGGCGCGAACGAUCGACAAGCAGGGCAAUGGGCAGAGUAGAGAGCAGUCACAGAAGAGUGUCGGCAGAGGAUAGGCACUACGAUCAACAGCAGGCUCAGGAUCCUGCGACAGUGGCCUCUGAGCACAGUGACGGGAAGGUACGAUUGAGGAUGGCUUGGGACAGAGAUGAUGAGUUGGACGGACUGUUCUGA